AUGAAAGUGAUGGAGCAACCCAGAUGUGGCGUACCUGAUAUUGGACAGUACGUCCUGGCCCUUCCUGGGUGGGAGAAAACCAAGCUUACGUACAGGUAACAAACAAUUUUGGGUGGCAGUUAGGAUGAAUCAUGGGAGGUGUGGGAGAUUCCUUAUUCCGAAUGGUAACACGCACAUCUAGGAUGGAUCAAGACCAGGCAUCCCCAAACUUGGCCCUCCAACUGUUUUGGGACUACAACUCACAUCAUCCCUAGAUAACAGGACCAGUGGGCAGGGAUGAUGGGAAUUGUAGUCCCAAAAUAUCCGGAGGGCCGAGUUUGGGCGUGCCUGAUCUAGACACAUCAAAAAAACGUGAUUCAGUUAAACACGUUGUAAACUUCAUACAGGGAAAUCCCAUUGGUGAAAGACGGGACUCCACAGCGCCAUCUGGUGUCAUGGUGUUAUAAUACAUAUAAAGGGCUUUAUCUUACGAAUGUAGCUGAGCCCAGAGUAAAGAGCAAUAGCCAAAGGAAUAUGGGGAGUUGAUUUAUACUGAGUCAGACCAUCAACCCAUCUAGUUCAAAAUCAUCCACACUGGCUGGCAGUGGCUUUCCUGGUUUCCAGGGCCACAUCUACACUUGUGGUUUAGAACGUUAAAAAUGUGUUAUUAAAAUGGGACACCAGAGGGUGCUGCAGAGCAGCGAGCCACUGGCAAAGGGAAACUGCAUUAAACGUUAUAAGAAUGUUAUGUCUACAGUCCUAUAUGGAGAUGUUGGGGAUUGAACCUGUGAAUUUUGUAUGCAAGGCAAAUGCUCUACCACUGAGCCACAGCCGUUACCCGGCCUGUGUAUUUAAGAUGCCCUUCAGUGCCCUACUUAAACUGCUUUGGAACGGUUUUUAGACAACUUGUCCUUAGACUUGCUUUCCAUGACCAUUGCUUCCAUAGUGGAAUCAACCCAGGAGAAGGGCUCAGUUUCAGUGGAUUUUGACAUGCUAACCUGGUCUUGUGAAUACACCUGCAUAGACUAAUUAACUACCUGUCCCUAUGCAUGUUCCUUCUGCUGAAUUCAAUGAGUUUUACUCUCCAGUAAGUGUGUUUACGAAGCAGGGCUGGCCCAAGACAUUUUGGUAUCUGAGACAAACUACAAAAGGGCUCCCCUUCCUCCCCACCAGGGAAGAAGGGGUGAGUGGAGAUCCACACUGGCAACAAGGAUGGAACAAAGAGCCAGUGUGGUGUAGUGGUUAAGAGUGAUAGACUCGUAAUCUGGGGAACCGGGUUCGUGUCUCUGCUCUUCUACAUGCAGCUGCUGGGUGACCGUGGGUCAGUCACACUUCUUUGAAGUCUCUCAGCCCCACUCACCUCACAGAGUGUUUGUUGUGAGGGAGGAAGGGAAAGCAGAACGUUAGCUGCUUUGAGACUCCUUCAGGUAGUGAUAAAGCGGGAUAUCAAAUCCAAACUCUUCUCUUCUUCUUCUAUAUUGAGAUCUGCUGCCCUGUGGUUGCCUGACUCUGCCUCCUGGUGGGCCAGCCCUGUUACAAAGCUAAAAUCCUAAGCACACAACUGCUUGGGUAGCCUAGGGCUUGCUGAUUGGAAGGUCGGAGGUUCAAAUCCCCGCGUCCGGGUGAGCUCCCAUUGCUCGGUCCCAGCUCCUGCCAACCUAGCAGUUCAAAAGCACGUCAAAGUGCAAGUAGAUAAAUAGGUACCACUCCGGUGGGAAGGUAAAUGGCGUUUCCAUGCGCUGCUCUGGUUUUGCCAGUAGCGGCUUAGUCAUGCUGGCCACAUGACUCAGAAAAACUGUCUGCGGACAAACGUCGGCUCCCUCGGCCAGUAAAGCAAGAUGAGCGCCGCAACCCCAGAGUUGUUCGGAACUGGACUUAACUGUCAGGGAUCCUUUACCUUUUUUAAAAAAAAAUGCGUAAGAUUGAUUAGUAAGACUGCAAUAAUUAAACACAUUUACUUGCGUAUGUGGACUUUCAUCUGAUUAAAAAUGCAUAGGAACAGACGGUUAAUCCUGCUGGCUGCAUCAGGACGUAGUCAACAGAAAGCUGGAACAUGUACAAAACCAGUUAAUUGCAACAAAAUGUUGGGGGGGUGAUAGAGAUCAGCUUAAAUUCAUCACAUUCGAUUCAACAACAACAACAACAACAACAACAACAACAACAACAAGUCAUGUGAAUUGGGCCCAUAUUCUGGAACUGAUCAAAAGUGAAAUCUGGCAGAAAUCAAAAGCUGCUUGGCAACUUCUCCAGCCUAUCUCUGAACUUAAGUAAAAUCUUCAGUUCUUAAAAGCUCAUUGUGGAUUGUGACAGCAACGAUAAAGAUGAGGGUGAAACCAUUUCUUGCAUUUUACUCCUUUAGGAUUGUGAAUUACACCCCUGAUAUGAAACAAGCUGAUGUGGACACAUCUAUCCAAAAGGCAUUUGAAAUUUGGAGUGCAGUGACUCCUCUGACUUUCAGCAGGAUUUACAAAGAGACAGCAGACUUCUAUAUUGUGUUUGUAACUGGAGGUAGUAUAUGAGAUUCGUUGAACUCUUUCCAUAGCUAUAGCAGUACAUGAAUAAUGACUCCUCCCUAUGCUUUCGAUCAGCACAUGGCAACUGUCCUCGGCGUUUUGACGGUCCUCUGGGAGUCCUCGGUCAUGCAUUCCCCCCCAGUGACCCCUUCCGUGGAAAUGUCCACUUGGAUGACGAUGAAAAUUGGACUGCCAGCUUAGUCCGUAAGUUGAACAAGGGUCCCUUGCAGAAAUGAUGGCUCCACGUAGGGUUGAUUGGGGUGAGGUGGGGAACCUCAGGUCUAGAGGCCCAGUGUAGCCUUCCAUGCCUCUCUGCCUGUACCACAGGGGUCUUUCUUCAAUCCUUGAGAGAAAACAUAAAGUGAAACUUAAAUGAGAAAAAUGGAAAUUUUGUUGGGCAGCCAAGCACACCCUUCGAAUAGGAACCUUUAGAAUUUUCAUUCCCUCCUUAGUUCAGGUUAAAGGUUAUAAAAGGUAAAGUUAAAGGGACCCCUGACCAUUAGGUCCAGUUGUGGCCGACUCUGGGAUUGCGGCUCUCAUCUCGCUUUAUUGGCCAAGGGAGCCGGCGUACAGCUUCCGGGUCAUGUGGCCAGUAUGACAAAGCCGCUUCUGGUGAACCAGAGCAGUGCAUGGAAAAGCCGUUUACCUUCCCGCCAGAGCAGUACCUAUUUAUCUGCUUGCACUUUGAGGUGCUUUCGAACUGCUAGGUUGGCAGGAGCAGGGACUGAGCAACGGGAGCUCACCCCGUUGCAGGGAUUUGAACUGCCGACCUUCUGAUCGGCAAGCCCUAGGCUCUGUGGUUUAACCCACAGUGCCACCCACGUCCCUGUUAAAGGUUAUACUGGAAUGCAAAUCCAUAGCAAGUUAUGGUAUGCAUUAUAAAUACAUUUAAAAUAUUUACUAUUUUCUCCAUCUUCAUCCAAGUAAUCGUGGACACACUUACUUGAGAGUAAGACCCAUGAAAUUCAGCGGGAGUCAGAACACACGUCAGGCUGCACAUGUAACUUGUCUUUGCACACUUGUUUUGUCAUUUAGAAUUCAACCUGAUGCUUGUUGCUACUCAUGAGAUUGGCCACGCCCUCGGCCUUGCACAUUCUGGCGACCCAAGAGCACUGAUGUUCCCCAAUUACAAACUCAUGGAGCCCAUCGAUUUCCCACUCACCCAAGAUGAUAUUGAUGGCAUUCAGGCCAUCUAUGGUAAGACAAGAGAAGAUGUCCGAAACACGUGCAAAACAAGAGCAAAAAAUCAACAUCUCUAAAGUUAGAAUGUAUGCUUAGAAUCCUAAGUUGUGUGUACAAAUGUGUUUUCUCCAGUGAGUUGAAAAGGACAGUCGUGUGUGUGUGUGUGUAUUUGUAUGUAUGUGCUUGUGUGUUGGUGUACACACAAACACACAAACUUCCACUCAGGCCCAUGCAGAGGGGAGGACAGAUGGGUACACUUGCCCAGGUCUUGGAAGAAGAAGAAGAGUUUGGACUUGAUAUCCCACUUUAUCACUACCCAAAGGAGUCUCAAAGUAGCUAACAUUCUCCUUUCCCUUCCUCCCCCACAACAAACACUCUGUGAGGUGAGUGAGGCUGAGAGACUUCAGAGAAGUGUGACUGGCCCAAGGUCACCCAGCAGCUGCAUGUGGAGGAGUGGGGAUGCGAACCCGGUUCACCAGAUUAUGGGUCUACCGCUCUUAACCACUACACCACGCUGGCUCCCUGCUUUAGCUCUUGGAGGGCUAAACAAUCCGGGGCACCCUCCCAGGGGCCUGCCGGAUUUAUGCUGUCAUGUCAAGAACAAGACUCCCACCCUGGGCCUCAUAUAAGCUCUGCGCAGCCUGCUUCCACUAUUGGAAGAAAACUUGUGGGUUAAGGUGGAUGGCUUCUGCAGUCGCUCUAGUAGCAAGUAGCCUGCUUGAGCCAAAUGGUCAGGGGCAGACUCUUUCAAAUUUUAGCGGCACCCUGUGCAAGGCCAGAAUUAAGUGCCCCUGCCUCCCAUUCUUCUCAAUUCACUAUGCCAUGGUUGUGGUGUCCUGUGGCAUCCCCUAGGCUCAGAGCCCAGUGUGGCAGAACUGGCCACAAUGCCCUAAAUCUGCAUCUGUAAAUGGUGCAAUGCCAACUUGCAAUGUGAGGCUGAGUCACAUGGCCACAUGCACACGGUAACUUUACAGCACAGUUCGAACAGUCUCCGUCAGGAGGUUGUGGACUCUCCUUUUGUGGAGAUUUUUAAGCAGAGGUUGGAUGGUCAUCUGUCAUGGAUGCUUUAGCUGAGAUUUCUGUAUCACAGGCGGUUGGGCCCUUGGGGUCCCUUCCAUCUCUAUGGUUCUAUGAAGCACAUUCUUUCCCUCAGAGAAUUCUGGGUGCGGCAGUUUGUUAAGGGUUCCUGGGAAUCGCAACUCUCUGAGGUAUAAACUACAGCACCCAGAAUUCUUUGAGCUAGAAAAUGUCCUUUAAAGUAUGUGUGUAGCCUAUGAAUUAUUUGAAGAGCAACUGUAAUCAACAAAUUACGCUAGUAGGACUACAAGAAGUUUUGUAAGGAGAAAUAUAUGAAGUGUUACAAAGUAGAAAAAGCUAGAGAUAUUGGUUAUGAGUUUGAAAUGUAAUAGGGAAGAUAAGAAAUGCAUACUGAGAGAUUAGAUUGGAAAAUUUCCAGACAGGAUUGAUGGAAGUCAAAAAUUUGAAUAAGAUGUAAAGUAUAAUUACGGUUGAAAUGAUAUGUCAAUAAAAUUAUAUAUAUAUAUAUAUAUAUAUAUAUAUAUAUAUAUAUAUAUAAUUAAGUAUACGCGUAGCCGCAAUCCAUCUGAGAGGAGGAGCUGCUGGUGGUCCAGCAUGUGAGCUUGAAACACCUUGUGCAAAACCUCAAAUUCUGUUGGUCACGAUGCUGCAACUGUACAGCCUCCUGCACUUAUUUGCCUGCUUGAGAGGUGAUAGGAUAAGCCCAACUUCAAAUCCCCAUGACGAAGCUCCCUGGAGAGCCUCGGGCCAGGUACAAUCUCUCAGCAUAACCUACUUCGCAGGGUUGUUGCACAGAUAAAAUGAAGAAGGACCACAUCUAUUACCUUGAACUUUGGGGAGGAGAGGUAAGUAUUGUCAGCAAGGGGUUGAAAUGCUCCUCCUUAUUUUUAGGACCUUCGCGAAAUCCACCCAAAAAGCCAGUGAAGCCAUCAAUCCCUAAGGCUUGUGAUCCGAAAAUGACGUUUGAUGCCGUCACCACGAUGCGAAGAGAAAUCAUUUUCCUACGGGGCAGGUAAGUACAAGCACCAUUAGUAUCUGUUUAAAAACUGAAGUUUACAUUUGCCCCAUGGCCUGAAUAUGCAGACAAGUGUAUGGAUGGACAGCUGUAGAGAUUCUUUUUUUCCAAUUUUUUAAAUUGAUUUUUCACAUUUAUCACAGAAAGAAAAGAUAACACAACGAAACACACAACAAAGAAAAACACACUACAACAAACACAAAAAGAGAUAAUUUCCUCCAAUACCUAAUUCUCAUUCCAUUGUCAGCUGACUUCCUCAAAUCCCCUCUAACUGAAUUUCCUUAUAUCUCCAAAAUAGCAGUUCUCCAAAUUCAUAUUUCUAAUAUUUUAACUCCUUUCAUUUACUAACCUCUUCUCCUUUAUUAAUAUUCUAAUCCUUAAAAUUUACUACCACUUAUUCUUAUUCUACCCCUAAGCCUAUUUAUUACUUCCAAGAACUUUCUAAUUAUCUUAUAUCACAAUAUUUAGCUAAAUAGUCUUUAAAUUUAUUCCAGUCCUCUUGUAUCUCCUCUUCUUUCUGGUCGCGGAUUCCUCCAGUCAGGUCGGCCAGCUCCAAAAACUCCAUCAUCUUCAUCUGCCAUUCUUCUAUUGUUGGUAUUUCUUGUGAUUUCCAGUUUUUGGCUAAUAAAAGUCUUGCCACUGUGGUGGCAUGCAAAAACAAUCUAACAUCUUUUUUGGGUAGUUCCAAUCCUAUUAUUCCAAGUAGAAAGACCUCUGGUUUCUUAAUAAAUGUAUUUUUCAACAUUUUUUUUCAACUCAUUAUAAAUCUUUUCCCAGAGGUCUUUCACCUUGGGACACGUCCACCACAUAUGAUAAAAAGUACCUUCUUUUUCUUUACAUUUCCAACCUGUAGAGAUUCUUCUAAUUAAUUAAAAUCAGCAUUAUAGAAAUGCAUGCAAUUAUGUUGAAUGGAGUAUGUGCGUAUGAAGAAAAAGCACUUAUAAAUGACUCUCACACACCCGGAAGAUGCAACCCAGCAGGAACCUUGUCUGUGAGGGAUGAGCUGAUAGUCUCACGGCAACUAUGUCCCCGAGUGCUUUACUUUUCCUUUUAGGAGUAAGUUGUAUCCAUUCAUUCAUAAGAGCUGAGUGGGGACUAGACCUCCUCCUUGCCCUUGAUGAGCCCAAUCCUAUCUUGGUCACACUAGAGCAUGGACUUGGGAGAGGAAGCUGACAGCUAAUCUUGACAGCUACUUAGCAUUCACAGAAUGCAUUUUUGGUGUCUCAAAGGCUUCAUGUGGUAGCUGGACUUGCUGAAAUAGUUGAUAAUUCCAUGUCCCCCGCCCAACCUCAAAGGACCGGAUUCAAAGCGCUGGCACACAUUCUAGAAUGGACUGUAGGAAAAGGUGCAAUGAUGCAACACUCCAUUGCUAAGAAGGAUCCUUAAAAAGCCAAUCUAGGAGCCAGCCAGAUGGGCUGCAGAAGCACCAAACAUCUGUGUUGUCCUCCUCACUAAGAAAUAAUAAUAAUAAUAAUAAUAAUAAUUAUUAUUAUUAUUAUUAUUAUUAUUAUUUACAGUUGGGUAGGUAGCCGUGUUGGUCUGACAAAGUCAAAAUAAAAAAUAAAAAAAUAGUCCAGUAGCACCUUAGAGACCAACUAAGUUUGUUCUAGGUAUAAGCAUGCACACAAAAGCUUAUAACUAGAACAAACCUGGCUGGUCUCUAAGGUGCUACUGGACUAUUUUUUAAUUUAUUAUUUACAAGACAAACACAAAAUAAUCCUAUUCAUUUCAGGCACCUCUGGAGAGUGUAUCCCAGUCAUUCAGAAGUUGAUUUUGAAUCAAUUUCUACCUUUUGGCCUUCUUUACCAUCUAACAUCCAAGCUGCUUAUGAAAAUAUGAAAGAUCAGCUCCUCUUUUUUAAAGGUAAGCCACCCUGAAAUUAUCCUUAUUUGUCUUGUUGAAAGUAGUUUCAGCAACUGACAUUCAGAAGCCUCCAAGGUGUUGGCCACUGUUUCCCACAAUGGCCAGUCAGAUGCCUAUGGGAGAUCUGCACCAACAGGGUGCAGGGCAUGUGGGCAAUAUCCCUUUCCUUACUUGUGAUGCCCAUUUGGACACAUGCUGCCCUUGAACUUGGGAGUGGUAUACAGCCAUUGAUUGGGAGAACUAUUCUGCUCUGGACUGUAGCUGUAGCUAAGCAGCAAAGCAUCUGUUUAGUGUGCAGAAGAUUCCAGCUUCAACCUCCAUCAUCUCCAGGUUGAGUUGGGAAAGGAUUUUCUGUCAGAAUCUCCAUUUGGCCAAGCUGAUAAAGCUCAUCUUCCAGCCGAGUCCUUCAGAAUCGCCCUCCGACGAAUAAUUAACGACCUGAGCCUUUGAUAAGGCCUCAGGCACGUUCCCCCAUUCAGCAGAGUUUCCAAAGCAGCAGAAGUGAUGAGGUUUAUGGCUACAUGCUAUGCUUUAUUACUAAGCUAGGCAGAGAGCAAAGAAAAUACAUCAUCUCCCUGUGAGAGCAGAGAGCAACUGAACAAAGGAACAGAGAAAUCAGUACGUCACAUCCGUCUCCCUUCUCCCGUGAGACUUCCAAUAGCCUGGACUGUCUCUGGAAUGUAAACAGAGCCUUGUGACUCUAAGCAGCUGCUCAGUGGCAAACAGAAACUAACAUUUUCUGCCUAAAACCUAGAGAGUUAGGCCAGUCUCUCUUACUAUCACAGUAGCAGGACCAGCUAAUCAAGGAGGAAAGCAAGAGGUGGAGGUUUUAUUCUCCUAUGCCCCCUCCGUCCAUCUUAUUAGCAAUGUGAUUGGUAGGAUUCUGGGGCAGGGAGUUCUCCUGAGGUCUCCUGCUCUUUUUUGGAGAUGACAAGCAGGGACUUUGCUAGGUAGGUCAGAAAAGGACUGUGAGCUUUGCAUAUGCUCAUUUUAAUGCAUCAUUGGCAAAUUGAGAUGGCAAGUGGCUGAGGUCUCCCUAGUGUGUGCCCAACACUCAAUAAAUAAAGACCCAGAUCCAGCACAAAACAUCUGAGGUUGGGAGAGGAAGUACCUAGCUGGCGAGCUGGGAAUGGGAAGCUGGGAAUCUCCCUACAGGAUGGAUUUUGAUCCAAGCUGGAGCCUUGUAAAUCUCAAUUUUCAUUUUGAGAUGGGUUUCCCAUCUCCCAUGUAUGUUCUCCAGGCCAUGCUCAGGAGAACUUUGCUUUUUCCUUAGCAGACCAACUGGUGCGUACGACAUCCCCAGGAAAAAGAGAUAGAAUAAGCCUUGCUCUCUAGAAGAUGUAAACCUUCUGGAACUGAUUUACACUGUUUUGCAGUGAGGAUAUUGACAUCUAUGUGAGCUUUGUUAAAUGAAACCAGAAACUCUUUCACACGACAUUUUCUGCCUGUUUGAACAGAUAAUCACUUCUGGGUCUUUAGCGGAUUACAGAUGCAGCCUGGCUACCCACAAACCAUUGACCAUUUGGGCUUCCCACAACGCAUUAAGAAAAUUGAUGCAGCUGCUUUGGAUAAAAAUACUGGGAAAACCUAUUUCUUCGUUGGUAACAAGUACUGGAGGUAAGAUCUCUGGGGAAUGUAUUUUGCAACAGUGCAUGGACAGAUGUGGCAUUGGGCUAUCACAGGGAAUGUUCUCCAGAGUCCUAAUAGAGGAUAGUUCAGAAUAUAUCAGUGAUCUCACCAUGUUUUCUGUGCUUGUGCUAAGAAGAGUUUUAGGAAAGGGGAGUGGGGGAAAAUAGCAGCCAAAUCAGAAAUGAUAAAAACGCUAUAUCUUUACAUACUACAUGCCUUUCGUUCAAUUUUUUUAGGAUGAUGUGCUGAACUCACCUUGGUCAGGUUCCCUGCCUGAUGUGAACGAACUCAUUUUAUCAAAUUGUCUUCUUCAGAUAUGAUGAAAACAAUCGAUCCAUGGACAAGGGCUACCCGAGAAAAAUAAGAGAAGAUUUUCCUGCAAUUGGCCAGAAGGUUGAUGCUGCCUUUCAGCACAAUGGUAAGGGGACUUUUCUGCAUAACGUAACGUGGGUUCGUGCAUAGAAUCAUGGAGCUGGUUGAUAAUUUCAUUGGGAGAGAGAGACCUCAUAGGAGCCUGGGUGCUUCUCUGUAGUGACAUUCAUGUCAUCAGUAAAAAAGCUAAUGACACCAGGUUUGCUGAUUCAGACAAUUUGGUGGCAUCAAAGCCUAUCAGCCUGGGAUGUUUUCAGACACCUUCAUGGGAUAAUUGCAUGGCAAACAUCACCACGCAGUGGAGAGGAAACCUGAUUUGCUAAAUGCAUCAACCUUCUCCAGCACUGGGAAAUUCUGAAUACAAACAAAGGCUGGAUCUAGAUACAUCAAAAAAGCAUUUCAGGAAAACACAUUGUAAACUUUAUUAUGGGAAAUCACAUUGGUGGAAGCCAGGACUCCACAGCGCCAUCUGGUGUCCCAGUGUUAUAAUGCAUAUAAAGCGCUUUUUCUUUACUAAUGUAGCUGAGUCCACAGUUACAGCCACAGGAGCAAUUUGCAAGGAGUUCAAAAUUCUAUUUCCUUGCAUUUUAAACCCCACCUUUCUUCAGUCAUGGUCCCCAAAAGUGUUUUGGAACAUUGCCUCUGCUGUCUUGACACCAACCCUCCUUAAUAUAAAUCUGCUAUAAUAAUACAAUCUCCGUUUGGUUCUAGGAUCCUUCUAUUUGUUCCGUGGGUCAAAGCAGUGGCAGUUCGAUCUGAAUGCGAAAAGAGUGAUUUGCGUCAUGAACAGCAACAGCUGGUUUAGCUGUUAG